AUGUUUGACGACAUAAAUGCGAAAAAAGAGUUUGUUUUUACUGGUAUAUUUCCGGAAUGCAGAAAUAAUUAUAUUACUAUUACACAGAACAGACCACAGGAACCAUCUUAUACUCAAUAUUCAAAAAUGUGCAAUUAUUUUCAUAAUAAUAUAUAUCCUAAAGUACAUCGUCCCCAGGAAUUUCAAGAAAAAUUUUGUAUACCACUAGGUUCUUAUUUAAAUUAUAUAAAUAAUGAAAAAUACAAACAAAAUUCAAACUUUAAUAUUAAAGCAAACUGUGCAUAUUUCUAUUACAAACUAAAAGAUCUAGUGGAAAAAUAUAAAGGUAAUUGCAAUAAUACAAAAAAUUGUUACGAUAUUUUAAGGCAAGGGAAAAGAGGUGCAUCUGCAAUAAAUGUUCCGGAGAUAUGUAAGGAUGAUGUUCAUAGGAUGAAUGUUAUUGAAGAAAAUUUAUAUCAUGUAUUUCAUUAUUUGGAUGUACUAUAUGUUACUAUUGAUGCAUUAAAGAAAAAUACCAUUGUAUGUAAAAGAAGCAGUCAACAAUUCAAAAAAGAUAUUGAAAGAUUAAAAAACUGUGAAUUUAGAGGUAACUCAAGUUUUAUAAACGUAAUUGAAAAAGUUGAAAAUGAAUAUAACACAUUAUGUCCUAAUUAUGUUAUACCUAAAAGUAUACAACAUUCAUAUAAGGAGCCAUUAACAGAAGACAUAAAACAAGGACCAAGUGAAAGUGCGAUAAACCAAGAAAAAAAAAAGAUAAGUAUAAGCGCAAUGUCCCAACCAAACAAAGAGACGAGCUCAAGUACAAUGCACGAGACAUUGACAAGCACAGGUACAGGAGUAGUUGUUUUUCCAUUUAUAAUAUUAACAAUUGUAUUCGUUCUUUUUAAAUACACUCCCUAUGGUGCAUUUCUAAAACUACGUUUAAUGGCAUUAAGGCGCAUGAUAAAAAAAAAAAAUAAUAAUCAUAAUGACUUAAUGAAGCCUUUUGAAAAGACAUACAAAAAUUCAAUAGAUAGGAAGUAUCAAGUAACAUAUUCCUCAGAGAAUUAUUAG